AUGUUUGUUCUUUUUGUUCGCCUUCAUAGAAAUCCUGUUCUUGUGGUCAACGGUGAUAACUGCCCUCAGGGGGAACAUUUCAGCAGGGGGCCUUUAGUUGGACAAUGGUCUACACUGGGACAAAGAGAGGGAGGGGCCACACUGAGCUUGACAAGGGGAAAAACAAGGAAGAGCUCACAAGCGGGCAGGUCGGUGUGUACGUUCACUUGCCCAGAUUGUGCCUUGGAGACGAAUAAAAAAGGAGUUUACCCUGCUGGUGGGUUUCUCAACACGGAUAUGGAUGUCCCGGAUUCUCCACAUGGGAAUAUGGGGCUGUUAAGGACCUUUGAUUGCUCUGAGUUUGGCAGCUGGGAGAAAAUAGGCUCAGGUGGAUUUGGACAAGUAUACAAAGUCCGGCACGUACAGUGGAAAACAUGGCUGGCUAUCAAGUGCCCUCCCUGCCUUCAUAUGGAUGACAAGGAGCGUUCAGAGCUGCUCGAGGAGGCUAAGAAGAUGGAGGCAGCCAAGUUCCGGUACAUCCUGCCAGUGUAUGGGAUCUGUGAGGACCCCCAGGGCCUCGUCAUGGAGUACAUGGAGACUGGCUCCCUGGAGACCCUGCUGGCCACCGAGCCGCUGCCCUGGGAGCUCCGCUUCCGCAUCAUCCACGAGACCGCGGUGGGAAUGAACUUCCUGCACUGUAUGAACCCACCGCUGCUCCACCUGGACCUGAAGCCGGCCAACAUCCUGCUGGAUGCUCACUAUCAUGUCAAGAUAUCUGAUUUUGGGCUGGCCCGCUGGAACGGCCUGUCACGGGCUGAUGACAUCAGCAGAGACGGCUUCUGCGGCACGAUUGCCUACCUGCCACCCGAGAGCAUCAUUGAAAAGGACAGAGUGUCGGACACCAAGCAUGAUGUAUACAGUUUCUCCAUCGUCAUCUGGGGGAUUCUCACACAGAAGAAACCCUACCAAGGAGAGAAUAAUAUCCUUCAGAUCAUGGUGAAGGUGGUGAAGGGGGUGCGUCCAGACCUGGGCGCUGUGCCACGCUGUCGGCCUUCAGCCUGUACAGGGUUCCUGAGCCUGAUGCAGCGCUGCUGGACCACAAAUCCCAAUGCCAGACCCAGCUUCCAGGAAAUCACGUCUGAAGCUGAGGAGCUCUGCUCUAAACCACAAGAGGAGCCCAAGACACCAACCUUAUCAACAUCAGAGCCAGAGCCCACAUCCCCAAACACGCUGACUAGUGACCAGGUUAAAGGCAACAAGCUGGUGCGUCCAAAGUCAGCCAUGUUGCCAGAAAAAGACUACAGUCUGUCGGAGCUGUUGAGCCAGGUGGAUUCUGGGAUCUCUAGGAGCUUCGAUCGAGUGAAGGAGGAUAGCUGCCACAGCAAAGAGAACACUUGCAAGAGACUGUCUGGCAUCUCCUCAGCAGAUUCAGCCUUCUCCUCCCAAGACUCCAUCACACUGUCUUUUGAGAAGGAAAACACAUGUGAUUCUGCUGAGGUCCAGAGACGGAAGCUGUGUGAGGCCAUCAGGACCAAAGACACUGCCAAACUGAUGAAGAUCCUCCAGCCUCAGGAUGUAGAUCUUCUUCUUGAUGGAGGAGACAGUCUGCUCCACCACGCCAUCGCCAUGGCCAACGAAGAGGCCGUGAAGUUCCUCCUCCUGAACAACGCCAAUCCCAACCUUGCAAAUGCCCGCGGCUCCACACCCUUGCACGUGGCCACGGAGAGGCACCUGAAGCUGCUGGCAGAACUUCUACUCGGUCGACGCAGCACCAACGUCAAUGCCAAGGAUGAAGACCAGUACACAGCUUUGCACUGGGCUGCACAGAACGGGGAUGAGGCCAUCACUCGUCUGCUGCUGGACCGGGGGGCAGCCAUCAAUGAGGCCGACGGCCAAGGACGCACGCCAGCUCAUGUCGCAUGCCAGCACGGCCAGGAGAACGUAAUACGGGUGCUGCUGAGCCGCGGUGCUGAUGUUCGAAUCAAGGGUAAGGACAACUGGACGGCGCUCCACUUGGCUGCCUGGCAAGGUCAUCUGGGCAUCGUCAAACUGCUGGUCAAACAGGCCGGCGCCAACGUGGACGGGCAGACGACGGACGGCCGCACACCACUGCAUCUGGCAUCCCAGAGGGGGCAGUACAGGGUGGCACGGAUCCUGAUUGAAUUAGGAGCGGAUGUUCACAUGACGUCUGCUGGGUUAAACACACCCCUACAUGUGGCGGCAGAGACGGGUCACACCAGUACCUCUCGGCUGUUGAUCAAACACCAGGCAGAUAUCCACGCACAGAACACCCACGGACUCACCGCUCUCCACCUAGCCUCCCAGCGGGGCCACCUGGCCACAGUCAAGAUGUUAAUAGAAGAGGGGGCAGACCCCUACAGAUCCAACCCAGCGCUGCGCACCCCCUGCCACCUGGCAGCGGAGAACGGACACUGUGAAGUCCUGAAAGAGCUGCUCCUUCACUGUCCAGAUGGUGGCGUUCUGUCGGACGAGCAGGGGCUGAGCCCGUUACACCUGGCAGUGCAGGGUGGAUACACAAACAUCAUCACUAUGCUGCUGCCGCAGGAGUGCAAAGACUCAGUCACCGAGAGCUCGGUGCAGCCGGUAGCUGAACAGCCAGCACCGCCAGAGGCGAAGCAGCUCCAGAGGAAAGUCGUCAUUCUCAAACUGACAGAGCACAACGACAAAGACUGCCUUCAGUCCAGCAGCUCACAGUGUGCCUCAGCACCCUGCUAACGAUAGCAAAGACUCCGCCACGCCUGCACAGAACUGCCUUCACUCUCAUUUUUUAUAUUCCACCGGUGCCUCAGAGUAUGGGGGAGGGCAGCGAGCAGCCAUUCCAAACUUAAGAGAGUUUUUUUGAACUUAAAAGCCCUUUCAGCACUGCAGGUAUUUCAAAACGGUCGUACAAGCUUUUGAUGUAAAUAUGUACACUGUAAAUAGGACGUAUAAAUACUGUUGUGUUUGAAUUUAGACUUUGUUUACUUUUUUUACUUAACAAGCACAUUUUAUGUAUCAGAAUUCAGAUUAGGAAACCAGUGACCUUUCACUGUACUGCACUGCAGCUGGUAUGCUUGUAAGUUAUAUUUAAUAGAGCACAAACUUUGGUCACAAGCCUUAUCAGAUGAAUGCUGUAGAUCAUCAGAGCCAUUGCAUUUAUAGAAAACUUUGACCUUCAGUGUUCUGUACCUGUUACAUAUCAGUGCUGCAUCAUCCAUUAAAACAUUUUAAACCCUUUA